GCGAUGUUAAGCGCGGCCGUGGCGGCGCUGGCGUGGCUCUGCUUGGCGCGCACUUCGCUCGCAGAGCCUCAUAGCCUGCGUUUAUACUCACAAGCUUCACAUAACCCAAAGGAUUUAACUAGUGUAUUGGUGAACAUCGAAGAGAGGUUACGACAGUUAGACACCAUCAGUGCUGUACAAGCAAAACAGUCUCGCCGGCUUGACGUCUUACAAGAUAAAUUAGAUCGUUUAGAAACCGCUCUGUCUUUGCGGUUAGAAAGAGCUCAAUUAGCAGCGGAAAGACUGGAGCAUCGAUUACAUAUGCUUCAAACAACCGUACAAACGUCUAUCAAAGAAAGCAGCCAAAAGAUAGAAAGCGGUCAAACAAAGAUUAUAGAGGUUGCCCAAAAUCUGACUAAUCAAAUUGACAUACACAAGCGAUUGUUAGAUAAGGUACACGGUGCUUAUGCGGACACUUGGCAUCGGGGGUUAGUGAUGGAAUCUUUAAUGCGAGACGGGUUAUCCCUAGUAAAUGUAACUCGUCGUGAACUAGCCGAUGGACUGAGAGCCCUGGCGAGACGACAACGGGAGGGCAGGCUAAAUAUUGCUGACUUGGAAGCCAGUUUUAUGAGACGAGUCACAGAUAAAACUAAUAACAUUGAUUUGAAGAUGCAAGAAGUUCUAGAUACGCAAAAACGAUUCACAGAUUCUUGCCAACGCGUACAGCUCGAUGAUCCCAAUCAUGUAGCAGAUGUACUGGACAAACUAAUCGAUUCACUUAUCAAUAAGACUGCGGCAACAUUCCAUGAAUUACAAAAUAUACAAGUUACAAUGCGAAGCCAUAAUACAAAAGUUAUAAAACUACUUAGUUCAGCCCGUCAAACACAGACUGAUACCACCUGCCGUCGCCUCGAGAGUGUAUUUCGUAAUGCAUCACAAACAACACUGAAGGAGAAUGAAUUGCAACAGUUGACUGAGAAAUUCGUGGAUUUGACUAAUCGUGCGGAUGCGGCGCUUCAACGGCUGGAACGUAGAAUGAGCGAGGAUGGUGACGAAUCAGCGUCUCCGUCCGAAGUCACCGCGGCGGCUGAUAGACUUCUGCUCAAACUUAAAGGAAUCAAGGGAGAACAAGACUCUGAUGAAGAGAUGGACUGGGCGGAAGAAGACCAAGACAGGGGAUAUUACGAUGAUGGCGGGGGCGGCGAUAUAAUGGAUGAGGAUAAGAAAAUACUUAGUGGAGUAGGAGGGCAACAGAUAACCGAUAGUCCGACAGCACGCCCAUUACAUCGAAGGCAUCUGCACAAACACCCAUAUGAUCGUGGCCCAGUAUGGAAAGAUGUGUCAACACCUUAAUUUUUAAUAUAAUGUGUAUAACAAUUUAGUGUUUCAUUUCACUUCACACUUCACAUAUUAGAUACUAGUUGACCCAUAGAACUUAGUCUGCAUUUCAUUUCUCCACCUUUUGCAACAUUUUUCAUUGCAGCUCCACUUCUAUUGGCCAUAGCAUAAUGUUAUAUAGCUUAAAACCUUCCUCCACAAAUGGACUAUCCACCACAAAUAUAAUUUUUCAAUUAAAACCAUGUUGAUGAUGUUGUAUAACUA